AUGGAACCUAAACUUCAUCCUGCCCUCACCGUCUGUAACAUCAAGACACAUGUUCCUGUCAUCUUGGAAAAAGAUUCAACCCACUACACCACUUGGAAGACCCUCUACAAAGUUCACUGUCAGAUUUACGAGGUGCUCGAUCACCUCACAGCCAAGCCGGCCGCCGCCUCUACUUCUUCUACCACGGACUCUGACAAAGACAAAGCUGCCGCCGCCGCAGCCGAGACUUUGUGGAAACAACUGGAUGUUGUCGUGCUCCAGUGGAUUUAUGCCACCAUCUCCACGCCACUUCUGCACACUAUUCUCCAACCGGGUCAGACCGCUCACGAUGCAUGGCUUGCCGUUGAAAGUUAG